CACGACCAUACAUAAGCAAAGGGUGUGGGUGAAUGUACAUCUAUCUGCAGAACGAUUGGAGACUAUACAUUCAUGUAUGGCGACACGAGGCCUUCGUGAUCUGCAUGCACUGUGGGGGAUAUCGCUGACUUACUGAAAGAUUGAUCGCACAGCUGGGGUGGAGGUUACAACAAGCUAGUUAAAAUCACAAUGGGCGUUGUUGUGUCGUCCCCAGUUCACCCAUCUGAAAACGUACUCGUCGAUCUUGACGUUGCACUGGGAAAGGACCAAACAAUCGAGGACAACAGAAACGACACGAUAGGUGUACUGAGACGUUUGCCCAAACUCAAGAAUGUUACCGAGAGGGAUGUGGUGGACACUUGCGUCCUUCUUCAAGAGGCAAAAGAAAAGAAGGUUCAAGUAGCGCAAGGAACAGGCUCUAUCCCCAACAGAUUGACGCAGAAAGAGAUAGAUGACCAGAUACGUAUUUACAACACCGAGAGGGUGUGUGUAGUCAUUGAUCAUGGGAUCAGAGGACUCUAUGAGGACGACUCCUGGAUUACGGGACUAACAUCUGGAAAAUUAAAAAACGUGGAAGUGGGCACUCAUGAACUGAAUUUUGCUCAAGAAUACAUGGACGAAUUCCGGAAAAAGAGAACUGAAAAGCAGGACAAGGAAAAGACUAAGGACCUCGCGAACAUCUUCUGUCGACGACUGAACAUCCAAGAAAUCCAAGAUGCUAUUAAUCAUGUGAACAGGUACCAGUCGGUUGUCAGGGUGAUGAGGUCUGCAACAUCCAAAGAACUAAUGGCAUCAAUGAAGAUCAACUAUUUCGACUUAAACGAUGACGUGAAAGGAAAGAAGGAACGGACCUUUGUCGCUUAUCACAAAUUAUUGACACAAAGCAAGGACGAAGGGGAGAAGAGAGCUGUGUAUGUAAAGGUUGCAGGAAAUGACAUUGUAACUGGUGAAGACAUUGAACAGUGCCUCAAAGAGAUCAAAAGAAUAAUCACGCAUCAUGCUGCUAUCUUGAAGAUCAAUCAAGUUAUAUCAAAACGAAAUGCUGACACGAAGAACAUCAUGUCUGCUUUACAGCAUCAGAAUGCUGAGCUAGAAUUGCCUUCAGAAGAAACAGAUGAAGACUCUGACAGGGAGAGAGAAUACCAGAUACUACUGUACGAGGCUUACACAGAUAAGGCAGUCGGUAAAGCAGAUAUCAGAAUGGAGAAAUAUGACAUCCAAAGAGUCCUAUUAAGUCUGGAUAUACUUAAGAAAAUAGACCUCUUAGACAGCGACCAGAAGGAUGAUACGUGUUUCUUGUUAGAAAGCCUCAGAAAAGAUGAAAUGAACAUUUGUGAAUGUCUUGAAGACGAAAUGGACGAAUCUGAUGAGUGGUGCCUCGCAUCGUUAAUUUUUGAGGAGCGCGACAACAAAAAACAGGGGACCACCGAUGAGAACAGAUGCAAGUUCCUGACACGACAAGAAAUAAAGGGCAUUGUCAAAGAAUUCAAGGCAGUUUGGGAUAUACAGAAAGGAAAUCCACAGGAAUUGCAAAAACAUUGGGAUACAGUGCUCCGCGAUGCCAACGUUCUUCCAGAUGGCACAAAGAGCCAGAAAGAAGCAGAAUUUGAAAAGUUAGAGGGCUAUCGUAAGCUGUUCAAAGACGAAGUUGAACAUCAGCAAGGGAAAAAGGCUCUCGCAAAGGCGAAACGUGGAUUUGAAAAUCUUCUGAGACGGAAAGAUGUUCAACGCAUAAUGUUUGAGUCUCAAUAUCGCAGUAAUGGCCAAGUGUACCCUGCCAUCAUCUCCAUCAAUAAAGUCAUAGAAUUGUUCAUCGAUUCCAAAACGCAAGGAAAGAAUGAACAGCAGGACAAGGAUAAGGAUAGGCAGAGGAAGAAGGUCAUCGAUGAUCUCGAGAAGAAAUGUCUCAAAGCCAUAAGUCAAAAGUCCGCCAAUCUGGUGGAAAGAAUCCUUGUAGACAACAAGAACAAAGGCUUUUUGACAGUGCUCUCUGGAAAACGAGAAGGAAACAAACAAGAAUUCCAGGUUGCUGAAGACAAGUGUUUCAAAGAGCGGUUGACAUGGAAGCAAAUGCGGGAAACUGUUACUGGUAAGUAUGUAUGUUGUUGAAGAGGCCAUUUUGAAUUCCUUUCGUGAAUCAAUGAAUCAACAUUUAUUCAAGAACAACUGU